AUGAAUGCCAUUCAAGAAUUGAUGCAUAUAAUUGAGCUAGAAGAACGGAAGACAAUGGUUGAAUGUGUUAUACGCAUGUUCAACAGUAAAGUGUCACCACAUCUAAAGAAGUUGAAGAAAGGCGUAAUACAUGGAGAUUAUGACCCUAACAAUGUAAUAGUUUCCAUGCUUCCGCAUGAGGGUGAAGAUGUCAGACCAGAAGUCUGUGGCAUUAUUGAUUUUAGUGAUGCUCGUUAUUCGUACUAUGUGUUUGAGCUUGCAAUUUGUAUAGCAGAUUUCCUAAUGUUCAGCAAAGAUGCCAACCAUUCGUUGAUUAGCACAAGACUUUCAGAAGGAUACCAAUCAAAGUUCCAGCUGAAUGAACUUGAAAAAAGUCUUCUUCCAAUAUGCAUUGCUAGUCGUCUCUGUCAGGUAGCUGUGUUAGGCACGAAUGAAUUAAAAGUACAACGAUACAAUAACUACAUCGACAACUUUGUGUCAAAGGCUUGGAAUUGUUUACAUAGCACAUUGGCGAAUCUUAGUAAAAUUAUAGAACUUUAA